GCCAUUGCUUCACCUACGCUCUCCUUCUCAAACACUCCCGAUCCGCCCUCGCCAUUUCCAGACCAUUUUCCUUUUUCCUUCUUCUUCCACUCUCUCACGAUACACAACAACCAUUCCGUCAUCGCCAUUCGCAACGGUCAAACUUCGCGUGAUACCCUCAAAGACAGAGAUACCCGUCGCCGGACUACACAACAUAUCGCACAUAUCGCCGCCGCCCUCCUUCAACACCUUUACGAAAGCACUUCGCCGUCGGCUUUCGCUCUUCGCGCCGUCACACAACUCUUUCCUUCAUCGGACGUUCGUUCGCCGCUUCAUCUUUGCUCGGUUCCCAUUCCGCCCAGCUCCGGAUUCUCGAGCAGCCUGCUCUUUGUACAGUCCCGACGAGUUCAACCACCGCCUUCCGUAUCGUUCGUUUCCUUCGAUCAGCAUCCGCAUCCCGAAUUCGAAAUCGCCUAGCUCAGCAAGACGUCACGUCGCUACCUCUGCAAGCCACGAACGAAAAGAGUGACCCCUCUCCUCACCGUAUCGAUCUCUCGACUGUAUUGGGCGACUGUCGAACGUGUGGCUUGGUUGCAUUCCGCAUAGAUCUCCCCGGCAUCCUGCUACUGGUCUACCUUUGGUGGCUCGCCUGCAUUCUUGCCUUGAACUCACUGUCUUCUGCGACAUUCUGCAAGCAGCAUUUUGCACGCACACUGCCGAUUGCAACGAGUCAAUUCCAUUCCCGUCACCAAGACACUUCUAGCGUACCCAGUCUGGUCUUAGUGCAAGCCUCUUUCCAAGCCCACCUGGAGGAAUUGCUCCCACCUGUAACGCUCUGGGCUAUUUACCUCGCGUGAGCCCCAUUCGCCCCGGCACGUCAGCUUUCUCAAUCGAUAGCUGUGUAGAGUCUCUCGAUCCCGACACCUCAGUAACACACCAACAGUUUACGCAUCUAACACUUAAAACCGCCUGUCGAACCCAACGACCGAGUUUCGGCCCCAAACGACACUUUGCUUCGGAUCUAGUGAGCUGGAAACCGUGUGGGAUCAUCAUCGAAGCUACCCGACUGCCGAGCAAGAGUUUUGGUGGACAUAAACGUCAACUUGCCAAGCCGCGAUACCUGCCUGGCUUUCCCCGCGUCUCUGGAAAUCGAAGACCAUUCUCGCGAACACAGUUCAGCACACCACUCAACGCCUUCCUUUUAUGGGUCCAUUGAGCCGACUCUAGGCACACCAGACUGCCCUUCCACCUCUGUUCGUCGCUAUUUCUCGGAAUAGCGCAUCUGGUACCUUUCGUCUUCUACUCGACAACUCGGCGUGGAAAUGAAAAGGUCCAGGAUAAGAAGGCAUUCCCCCAUCUACCUGAGUCCAUCGCCAUCGCCCGAGAGGGAAUUGUCACCGCCCAGUCCGGCUCUAGCUGUCGCGGACUGGGAACAUACCACUAUCAUGUCAAGGUCCAGGCCCACCAGCGGGGCCUUGAUGCCGGGCGCUGUCAUCCUGACGCCGCCCUCACUCUCGGAAAUCCUGUCCAACACUUCUUCGCCACCAUGGACGCUAGCAGCCUUCAUGGCCUAUCUUUCUCAGAACCACUGCUUGGAAACGCUCGAGUUUACUAUGGAUGCCGAGCGGUAUCGCACGGCCUACGAGCAGAUCAUUACUAAUCAGGAGUGGAUUGGCGACGGCAAAGAGCACGUUUGCUCGCUAUGGGAGAAGCUGAUGCAGGCAUACAUCAUCCCUUACGCUCCCCGAGAAGUCAACCUGCCUUCCCGUGUACGGGAUCGUCUCACCGCCCAGCAGUGCCCUCCUACCCCUCCCCCUCCUUCCGAACUGGACGAGGCCGUCAAGAUCGUUUAUGAGCUCAUGAACGACUCCGUUCUCGUGCCUUUUAUUGAGUCCGUCAUGCCUGGUCACGGUGAUGUGCACAUGGAGGAGGUCGGACAUGAUGCGCGGCAAGGACGCUCUCGCCUCCAGGUAGAAGGCGCCGGGACCAGUGGAGCCACCAGUCGAUCGGCCUCUGCGUUGGGCGUGGAGCGCGAAGGACUGACGGAUGACAGCGGCAGUGCCGCCUCACCCGGCACAGAGCCCAUGACGCCUCCUACCACGCCGCCCACGUCGGACUGGACAUUCAGUACCUCGCCCGGCGGCCUCCAACGGGCCUUGACGGCCCACAACAACGGCUGGAAGAAGGUUGGCGCAAAGCUGGGACUACAUCGCAAGUCGCGAUCUAACCGCCGCAACAACGCACCUUCUUCGGCGCCCACCACGGACGGAGACGUCACCAUGGCGGAAGCCAGCCACAGCAACCCAUUAUAGGAAUCAGA